UGUAGAAAGCAAUACAUUAAAAAAAAAAAAAAAAAAAAAACUCCAUCUGGGAUAACAGUAACCUGUGAAAAUGCUCCCCCGGCUAAUUUGUAUCAACGAUUAUGAACAACAUGCUAAAUCAGUACUUCCAAAGUCUAUAUAUGACUAUUAUAGGUCUGGAGCAAAUGAUGAAGAAACUUUGGCUGAUAAUAUUGCAGCAUUUUCCAGAUGGAAGCUGUAUCCAAGGAUGCUCCGGAAUGUUGCUGAAACAGAUCUGUCGACUUCUGUUUUAGGACAGAGGGUCAGCAUGCCAAUAUGCGUGGGGGCCACGGCCAUGCAGCGCAUGGCUCAUGUGGAUGGCAAGCUUGCCACUGUGCGAGCCUGUCAGUCCCUGGGAACGGGCAUGAUGUUGAGUUCCUGGGCCACCUCCUCAAUUGAAGAAGUGGCGGAAGCUGGUCCUGAGGCACUUCGUUGGUUGCAACUGUAUAUCUAUAAGGACCGAGAAGUCACCAAGAAGCUAGUGCGGCGGGCAGAGAAGACGGGCUACAAGGCCAUAUUUGUGACAGUGGACACACCUUACCUGGGCAACCGUCUUGAUGAUGUGCGUAACAGAUUCAAGCUGCCACCACAACUCAGGAUGAAAAAUUUUGAAACCACUGCUUUAUCAUUUUCUCCUGAGGAAAAUUUUGGAGACAACAGUGGACUUGCUGCAUAUGUGGCUAAAGCGAUAGACCCAUCUAUCAGUUGGGAAGAUAUCAAAUGGCUGAGAAGACUGACGUCGUUGCCAAUUGUUGCAAAGGGCAUUUUGAGAGGUGAUGAUGCCAGGGAGGCUGUUAAACAUGGCUUGAAUGGGAUCUUGGUGUCGAAUCAUGGGGCUCGACAACUCGAUGGGGUGCCAGCCACUAUUGAUGUUCUGCCAGAAAUUGUGGAGGCCGUGGAAGGGAAGGUGGAAGUCUUCCUGGACGGGGGUGUGCGGAAAGGCACUGAUGUUCUGAAAGCUCUGGCUCUUGGCGCCAAGGCUGUGUUUGUGGGGAGACCAAUCAUUUGGGGCUUAGCUUUCCAGGGGGAGAAAGGUGUUCAAGAUGUCCUUGAGAUACUAACGGAAGAAUUCCGGUUGGCCAUGGCUUUGAGUGGGUGCCAGAAUGUGAAAGUCAUCGACAAGACAUUGGUGAGGAAAAAUCCUUUGGCCGUUUCCAAGAUCUGACAGUGCACAAUAUUUUCCCAUCGGUAUUAUUUUUUUUUGGCAUGUAUUACUUGACAAAGAGACACUGUGCAGAGGGUGACCACAGUCUGUAAUUCCCCACUUCAAUACAAAGGGUGUCGUUCUUUUCCAACAAAAUAGCAAUCCCUUUUAGUUCAUUGCUUUUGACUUUUCAAUGGGUGUCCUAGGAACCUUUUAGAAAGAAAUGGACUUUCAUCCUGGAAAUAUAUUAACUGUUAAAAAGAAAACAUUGAAAAUGUGUUUAGACAACGUCAUCCUCUGGCAGGCUAAAGUGCUGUAUCCUUCAGUAAAAUUGGAGGUAGCAAACACUAAGGUGAAAAGAUAAUGAUCUCAUUGUUUAUUAACCUGUAUUCUGUUUAGAUGUCUUUAAAACAGUGGUUCUUAAAUUGUAAGCUCAGGUUCAAAGUGUUGGAAAUGCCUGAUUUACAACAUUGAGAAGGUAGCCCUGGAUAGAAUUGGAAUGGGUGGCAGUAACUGGUGAUACUUCUUUGAAUGCAGCUUUCCAAUCACAUCUUUAGUGUCUGAAUAGAUCCAAAUGUUUUAGGAUGUAUGUUACUUCUUAAUCAGAGAGAAAUAAAGCAUUUUGGGGAAGAAU